AGUGGAUGCUGAGCAACUGAGUUCACUGGGAUCCGAGGAGGAGGAUGAGGUGGGUUUGUGGAGUCUGGAGCCCCAAGACUGCCACGAGAGCCUGGACAAGACGAGUCUGACUCCGAGCGAGGGGACGGAGGAAUCUGGCAGCCCCGCUCACUCCUCGCAGCAGCGCUGCCUCAGCCCUGGCGCCCGAGACUGCUGGGGCCAGGUAGAGUCCGGGGCCAAGGCCGAGGAGGACAGCACCUACCCAUCCGCUGACCGGGAGGGAGACCAGGGGCCGCGGAGGAUGUACUCAGGUAAAAACUUAGACUCCCACAAUGGCUUGGAGGAUUUUGCCCACUUUGAGGUCGUGGCCCAGUUGAGGAAGGACUCUACCCCAGUGAGUAUUUUGAACCACUUGAACCACAACGGCACGUCGGCGUCCUUCCAUCCGAGCAGCAGACAUGAUGAACUGCCACCUGCCAUCUGGUCACCAGGAGCCCAGCGCUGCUCACCUGAGGGAGCAGAUGCAGACAGGUGUCAGCAGGCGUGUCCAUUCUGCCACCGAAUGUAUGAGCGAGGAGCCUCCCUGAGGGACCAUGUUAAAUACUGUCAAGAAAGGGAGGGGGGUCACAUGGUUUGUCCUCUCUGUGGAUACAUCACCACCCUUAGGUCACAGAUGGAGCGGCACCUAGCACUACACAACCAAAUCCAGGACAAGAGUGGCAUCACAUUGGAGCAAGGCAUGGAGACCAGAAAAUUCAAAUGCCUGCAGUGUGGGAAAGCAUUCAAGUACAAACACCACCUCAAAGAACAUCUUCGCAUUCACAGCGGUGAGAAGCCUUACGAGUGCUCAAACUGUAAGAAACGCUUCUCUCACUCUGGCUCCUACAGUUCCCACUUAAGCAGCAAAAAGUGCCUGAGCGGAGGAGGAAAUAUUGGGGGGAACGCUGGCGCCACGAGCGGAACAUUCAACGGACAUAGUCAAAGCUCUUACAACCACUCAUACCCGACAUCUCCCUCUGCUGGCGGGGGUGGAUGCAGUAACGACAAGAGCUCUGCGCCGGCUUCACAUAGCCAGGAUAGCGCCGUUCCUUUUGGUCGACACCCCGCAGAUCCGCACCAGGUUUCACUGCAGGACUUCAACUCCAGCACCGGCGGUUUCCCCGGCGUGUCAGAGCUGGCUAGGCUCUGGGAUCCUGCUCAGGAGAUUUCGCGAACAGCCAGUUUCCUAAAAGGAACAACGCUGCUGCCUUACCUUCACUCAGGGACCAAAUUUGAACAGAUGCUCCAGGACAUGCUUCAUAGAGACGUGAAGAGGGAUGAGGAGAUUGUCAAAGGAGAUGAAGAGGAAAGGAGGUUGGCUCACAAUGGAGGGGGGUUUGAGAAGAAUGCGCCACUUGACAGCCGGAGGGAGGCAGUGGCUUCCGGGGAAGUGGACAGAGGUGUGCUUGGGAUGACCUGUCGCUGGUGCUCUCAGCUUUUCCCCAAUGUGGCAGUGCUCCUGCAGCAUGAGCGCUACCUCUGCAAGAUGAAUAGAGAAGCAAUGGAGGUACCUGAGGGUGUUCGAGGGAAAGACCACUCCUCUCUCCCGUUGUUUUACCCCAUGUCUGCAAUCCAACCAGACAAAGUCAAACCAAAUGAAGUUACCAAUGGGCUGUCUGGAAAAAAGUCUCCAUUACAAAAACCCAACUGGCUCUCUGUUCCACAAAAGCUUAUGGUUGCAAUGCAGUCUCCUCCAUCCCAUCACGAGGCCAUGUCCUCACGCAUGUACUGGCCCAGUCAGGAAAAGGGAAGCCCAGGUCAGCUGAUACACCAAUCCCCCGAACCGUCGUCACUCAGAGGCAGAAGAAGAGUUCCAUCCUCAGGGUUUGGUUCUCCGCCUCCUUCCUGCUUUGAGCUCACCGGCUGUCCACCGGAAAUCUCAUCGCCCACGAGAGAUCCGGGCAGUCCAUGGUCGGCACAGAGUGAGCCGCUGGACCUCUCCAUGCCCAAGGCACUCUCAGAGCAGAGGGGGAGGAACAGAACCCCGAAUGGGAUCUUAAGCAGAGGAGAGAGAAGAGAGUUCAGGACACAGCAUCUUCGGAGACCAAGCCCAACGACACAUCUGCCCCUGCACCAGCACCCAGUCUUCAGUGGGACCAGGGCUGCUGUGUUUCCAGCUUCUUUAUACAAUGGGUUUCCCAUCUUCAGCCAAUCCGGUGUUGGGCUUUCAAUGCACAAUGGCAUAACACCAGCUCCAUUCAGCCCCACGGCGAACAGCCCAGUGUUUCCUUCUCCCGUGGCUUUCAUGAUGGAAACAGAUGCAGAUGUUGCAAUGAAAAACAUCUACCAGGACAGACAAGGUCUAAUGGGUGAAGGUUUUAGUCGCAGUGCUUUGGACUACCUCACUCUAAUAGAUGAUGGGUUUGAAGGAGAAGGUGGGUCCGGAAGAAAAAGGCUGAGGAAGACUGACGAGGGACUUUACGCCUGUGACAUUUGUGAAAAAACCUUCCAGAAGAGCAGCUCUCUGCUUCGACAUAAAUAUGAACACACAGGCAAGCGUCCCCAUGAGUGCAAGAUCUGCAACAAGGCCUUUAAGCAUAAGCACCAUCUGAUCGAACACAGCCGGCUGCACUCCGGAGAGAAACCCUACCAAUGUGACAAGUGUGGCAAGCGCUUUUCUCAUUCGGGCUCCUACUCCCAGCACAUGAACCACCGCUACGCCUACUGCAGCAAAGACCAGGAUCCAGACCAGGACCAGGAGGAAAUGCCCCUCACCCUGAGUGCAGACAGCAAUUUGGUGGGGUGCUCCGAUAAUACCCCACUGUCCAUGGAUGACAUGCAAACUGCCCACUCCUUCCUCAGCGACUCCAGUUUGGAUGGAGCACCGGACACUCUCAAAGAGGAGGACGAGGAGGAAAGAGUUAGUGGGGCACAAAUGAGUUUGUCAAAGGAAGAAGACGAGCUGAUAGACGGCUUUAAACAGGAAUCACCAGCGGGGGAGAAUGGAGUGCCUAAUGCAAAACACAGCUAUGAUUUAGGAAUACAUAUUGAUGAUACAGACAACAACCUGUGGGACAGAAAAGCUGAGGACCAGAGUAAAGACUUGGACAAAUGUGAACUUAGCCUGGAUUUAACAGAGUUACCAAGAAUAAAGACUUAAGCUGACUUUAUCAAACCAUUUCAAUGCCUUUAUCUACAUUCUAAGACUUAUCAUUUCUCCCCCGCAUAUAUAACAAAGUGUUUUACUUAUUAUGCAAAAUGAGAAAAUGCACAGAAUUGCCAAAGAAUACUUGCAAAUAAUCCUUAUUGUAAUGCUAAUUUCAGUAUUUUAUCAUGUAAAAUAGACUUGGUGUUGUAAAUAGUAUUGUGUUUGCUCUGUUGCCUGUAGUUGGUUUUCUUUUUUUUAAAUGUCCAUAAAAAAGACAGUAAAAACAUUUGGAUUGACUGAUUUGAGUAUAUGUCGCACAUCCUGAUGUGACAUCACUAUAUUUAAAUGCUUGCUGCUGCUGCUGCUUUCUGUUGCACAAAGGAAACAAAAAGACAUAUUUCUGCAAUUAAAUUUCAGUACAGUUUGAAAUAGUUU